CCGAAUUGGUUUUCGCUGGCGAAUUGAAGUGGCCGGUUGAAUUGGUCCAUGCUCCGCCGGCUGAGUCAGCAGAGGCAUCGCGUCGGCAAUGCUGCCACGCAGCUCCAGAGAGCACAAUCUGUUGCCACAUCGAGUCACAAGGCAUACUUUCGCGUACACAUAUUGACUGGGUCGCAGCAACGCCAACGUCCCUACUCCUGCGGCAGCAGUGAGAAAAAUGCAGGAUCUGCAGAGCGUAGUGCUCCGCCGCGGGUGGUGGCAGAAGACGAGUAUUACUUCAACGAAUUCAGGGACUUUUUGGCCUUGGAUGCACCGACGGAAGAAGAGAAGCAACUUGCGAGGAGCCGGCUGGACGAAAUUUUGUCUGGGACGUUGACCAAGGAAAUUCUUGGUAUCCAAGCCACAGCAUUAUCUCUUGUGGCAGACAAGCUGGAAGAUCAUGCACUCGUCCUUCAAGUCUACCGCGCUCAACGUGAAAAUCGCAUUCAGCCAUCGCCGUUGACCCUGAACAUCGCAGCGACAACUUGUGCCGAGAUUGACCCCACGGACGAUCUAUGUGCGUGGGAGACUGCUCUGGACAUCGUGGCUCAAAUGCACGAGGCCGUGCAUCUCAUGCCGAUCUCGGAGGAGAUCUACCAGCGCGCAAUCGAUGCGUGUUCGAAGGCCCAUCAAUGGCUCGUUGCCCUUCGCUUGGUCGACGAAAUGCUGCGCUAUGAUCGACCUCCGUCCGAGGCGACAUGGCUCACAGUUGCGCAAGGGUGUUUGGACCCUGGGGAGACUGAGGCAGCGCUGUCGCUAGUCGAGAAGCUUCGGAGCAUCGAACAUGCUGUUGAGUAUGCCGUCGACGACGUGCUGGAGUCAUUCCUCAUGGUGGGGGUGAGGGCCAACAACAGUGACUUUAUAAUCCAAGUGCUCGACAACUUAUACCGCCACCAGCGUGCCCGCAACAGUCGACUCGGGGGUGCGCUAUCGUCCUGGUUCGGGCUCAAACAGUUGCACCAAGAGCCCCUCGUCGUUGAAUCGUUGUCCGUCGGCGACCUCCACAAGAUCGUCGAUUUGUUGGCGUCGGAUCGCCAGUGGCUCGAGUUGAACAAGUGGUUGCCAUCGCUCGGAUACCCAGACUACACAGCCCCUCGUGUGCAGUACGGACCGCAUGACUACUUUUUCCUCGCCAAACACAUCUUUGAAAGCAUCCCAGCGCCGUCGACGCAGUUUGUCAAUGCCUACUUGCUCACAUGCGGUCGUCAUGGGAGAUUGUCGGAAGCCAAGGCCGCACUCAGCGCGCAUCCGCGUCCAGAUAUGACGAGCUACUACGCUGUCGUAUCGGCGUGCAAUGAUCAUGUCGAAGAAGCGUCGCGACUGUACGAAGAGGCCGUCAAGUUGGCCGCACGCGAUCGUCUUUAUGAAAACCCCCACCACCACCACAACCACGUGGAUUUGCUCAAUGCGUACCUGACCACGCUCAGCAAAGCCAGCAAGCACGAAGACGUGUUGGCGCUGGUGGCCCGCGACCUCAACACCGACGAAGCAACCAACCGUCGAACGAUGAGCUCCGUGUUGGUUGCCCACGCAAAGCUCGGUCACUGGAGCGAUGUCGUCGAAGCAUUCAAAACGCUCAAAACGCACGGGUUUUCGUGCUCGGGGUACGUGUACGGCAGCGUCAUUCGGGCGUACACGGAGCUCGGCCACUUCAAACACGCGGCCAUGUUGUUCAAACACAUUCAGCACACCGACCCAGACUACACCCAGCACCCCGCCGUGGUGGCGUCCAUGUUUUACCUGUUUCGAGUGGACGAGAACGACGUGGCGGCUGCGAUGGCGCUGUUUCGAUCUCUUGACUUGGAGACGCCGCCGUCGGACCGAACGGGCGACGUGCUCAACGCCGAAGGUGCUGUGCAUCUGCUGCACAUCCUCAGUGGCAUGCGCAACGACGACGAUCGAUUUGAUGGCAACACGUCGACGAUUUUAACCACGCGCGGCCUUCUCGAAGAGGUCUGGUCAGCCCUCGAACGCAUGCCAAAUUUGUUUUGCAAUGCGCUCGGGCCGCAUUCGUAUGUCGUCGACACGGCGCUGUUGGUGGCGGCAAAAGCCUAUUCGAUCCACAUGGCCGAAGACAUUGUCACGUGGGCUGCGGAUCACUCGAUUCCGUUCUCCGCCGCGACGUACACCCACAUGAUGCGCGUGUACUCGCAGCCGCCCAUCCUGCCGGAACUCAACACCGUCGAUUGGGCCGCGCCACCAGCGCACCCUGUUCGGUUCAACUAUUGGUGGGACGCCAUGCAGGAAAAUCCGUCGGUAAAACCCAACGUCCGAACCGUCACGUCGCUGCUGGCGGCGGUUCGGCGCGGCAUUCUCUCCGAUAUCACGGCCACAGACGUGCUGGAUGCCAUGCAGUCUGCGUGGGACGUGCCUCUUCGGGUCGAGCACUGCGAGAUCUGUCUUCGCAUUUGGGAAGCCGAAUUGGGAUCGUGCAACUCCAGUGUCGAUGCGGAGGAGGUGUGGUGCCAAGUUGUUGAGCUCAUGAGGCGCAUGAAGGUAGAAGGGAUAUACUACCGCUUGGAAACGAUCGCCGCCGCGGCCGCGUGUGGCCAAGCCGCCAAAACCAAUGCCAUCGACGACGACGAGUGGUUCCAUUUGCUAGUGGAAGCGGCGGCGAGCGAUGCGGAGAACGUGAUACAACUCGUCCAGACGUUGCAAUCGAGCGCAGACGUGGUGGCGGUGUUGGAAGGGUGCAACCGAAAGGUGUCGGUGAAUGCCACAGUCCAUGCGCUCAAGACGUGCGUGCAAGAUCAUUCGUCCACGAACAUGCGAAGGGUGUGCCAGUGGUUGCAACGACAUGACGUCCACCUUGCUCCCCUGUCACGUGAAGUUACAGUCGAGUUGAAGGAACGAUUGGAGCGAUGGGGGGAAGACGUUCGCGACGAUCCGUGGCGAAGUGUUCUCUUCAGCUAACGUAAAGGAUGUUUUGCAUACUGCACCCCCA